GCCGGAGCAGUAUAGAUGCAGGACGGAAGCGAUGGAAAGAUGGCGGCGGCCAUAGUACAGAUGUCAUGUUUGUACCGAGGGAUGUUAGCGGUCAGGGCCACUGGCAUCAGAACGCUCAUCCCCGGGCUGGUCCCGUUGCAAUUUCGGGCCUUCUCGCUUCGGAAGGAGCCGGAACUGGAGGAGAACCCGUACUUCAGCAAGUACCAGGACAAAAUCCAGAAGCUUCGCAGCGCCAAGCCGCAGGAGUUCAAAGCCCGAGUUGAGAACCGGCACAAGGCCAAGAAGGAUGUGCUGGGACACUCCAAACAGGCGGAGUUUGUCAUGCUCAUGGAGCAGGAGUUGGAGCAAAAAGAAAAGAUGGCUGCCAGCGAUGGAAAAUCAGGCGGUUUCACAAAGAACAAGACACUGGACUCCAUCCUGGACCUGGACAUGAUCAGGGACAAGACGGGCGAGGAGAUCGCUGAGCUUUGGAUGAAUUAUUAUUCCACCAAAGACACCAUCAGCGCCGUCAUCCCGACGCCGAUGUACGAGUUGAUUUUGAGCAGAUCAAAGUCGUGCCAGAUGUUCCUCUACGCUUUGCCUCAGAAGGAGGGUUACGAGUUCUUUUUGGGUCAGUGGUCCGGACACGAGCUCCACUUCACCUCCCUCAUCAACGUCCAGAUGCACGGCGAGAACGCUCCCAGUCAGCUGAUCCUCUACCACUACGCAGACCUCAAGGACCAGAAGGGGGUGGUCCUCAUGACAGCCGAGCUGGACCCCAAGAAUAUUACCGUGCACCAGGCUCAGUGCUUGGCGAAUCAGGUGCAGCUGUUCUACGGCACGCAGAGGAAGGAGACGUACCAAUUGGUAGAGACAUUUAACCAGCACCCGUCAGACUUUAAACACAUGUUGGUGAUAGCGGAGCUGGAACAGAGCGGCUUGGGGUCCGCGGUGGCCCCGGGGGGAUCCUAAGGAGACCGACCAGCGCGCCUACAGUCGGAUGCCAUGGAAUCGUUGGUGGUCUUUGAAAAUUACAGAGUGAAAUCUGCUCUUUGCUCAGCCCCUCCCAUGCGGAUACACCUGUUCUUCAUACCGGAGAAGAGAGGCUAUGAAAAUUUAAGAGACCAGCAGUAUCUCAUGAACUCUGCCUGGGACUUAAUAAUAAUAAUAAUCGUAUUUGUGUUACACACCUUCAUUUGUAUACAUUUGUUGUUGCAGGAUAAUAAUGAGAUAUUCAUCAGUUCUAUGAUAAAUAAAGGCCACUGUUUCCUACCCUCUUCCAAA